ACUGGACAUUGAUGAAUCGUUGUUGUUGCUUUUCACAGAUGGUUAUCGAGGAAGUGAACGCUCUGCACACACAGCUGGAGAUUGAGAAAUCUUGCCGAGAGAAUGCAGAAGUCUUGGCCACAAAGCUGAGUCACGAAAACAAGAAGCUGAAGUACCUGAGCCUCACAUCCCGGGUGUGCCUUGAUGACUUGCUUCCCAGUAUUUCAGAUUGUGGGGCCGCAGAGGAGGAGCCCCAAGAUACCAGCCCCGACCCCUGCCUUCAGUAUCAGCAACAAGUCAAAGAUCUGCAGGAGACGGUAACACAGCUUCUGGAGGAGAAGAAACAACUUGCCGGUCAAGUCCAGGAAUUGCAGAGCAACAUUGAGGAAUUAACCAGCAGGUUGGAGAAGGAACACGUUGAGAUGACAGAACUUCAAAACCUGCUGGAGCAACAAACAAAAACAAUCAAAAGUUUCAACAGGGUUUCCGUGAUGGCAACCCAGGAAUACGAGGAUCUCAGACAACAACUGGAGCUGGAGCAGAGCCUAAGGCAGAAGGCUGAAUCGUUUGCUCAUGAGAUGUUGAUUAAACAGAAGGAAGCGAACAGGCAGAGUGCGAUUCUCCUGCAGCAGGUCGAUCCCAGCAUACAGCUGCUCAAAGCAUUGGAGGAGGUCGCAGCCAUCACCAAAACCCUGGAAGAGGAAAGGCUGCAGCAUCACAAAGAGAUUCAAGAGCUAGAGUCUCACCUCGAUGAGUCAGCACUGCAGAAGGAACUGGGUACUCUACAGAGGCAACUGGAGAUGGUUGAGGAGGAGAGACGGGAGUCAGAGCAGAGAGUACAAGAGGUGGAGCAGAGGAACAGCGAGCUGGAGGAUCAAGUGAAAGAACUAAAGAAGAUCAAGUUUCAAGAGAUUGACCCAGCUCUGGCUGCAGCUCCACCCCCACCCCCUCCACCCACUCCGACCCCUCCUCCUCCACCUCCUCCUCCACCCCCUCCUCCCCCACCACCUCCCCCUCCUCUUCCAUCCACACGCUGCAACCCAAUAAGUUCCCUCAUUGCUAUCGUGCGAAGAUCAUCCAAGAACUCCAAGGCACAACCGAAGCCGGAACCUAGCAACAACCAGACUGGGAUCGAUGACGUGAAAGUAAAAGCUGUGAAUGAAAUGAUGGAACGGAUAAAACAUGGUGUCAUGUUACGGCCUGUGGCCCAGGUCUCGAAGGCACCACCAGUGGAUGAGAAAACAGAGGAAAGUGCCAUGGAUGAGCUGAAGGGGAUCCUGGAUUCAAUGAAGAAGAGCCCAAGUCGAGGGUUUCCAGAUGCAAGUCAGAACAAGACAGAGAAUGAGCUGGAGGUUGUUCUGAGACGGAGGAGGAAACAGACUUCAGAUUACAGUCCAAGAGACGGAAAUGAAACAGAUACCAGUGAUGUCACUUCUUCCAAAUCUCUCAACCUGAAGGACAGCGAUGAAAGAAAAAGCAAUGACCUGGAGUCCAGUCCUGUGCACCGGGCUGCUGCUGCAACAGGGGAGCAGAAUAACAGCACCUCAGCAAGCCCUGAAGAAAUGAAGAGAAAAUGUUCAAUUAAACAAGAAAAUGUUCAACCCCAGGGAAUCCUUAUUACCAUUAGCAGUCCACUAGGAACAUCUGACCAAAGAACCACUCCCGCUCAGGUCCAGAACAAAUCUAAGAGUCAAAAUACAACCGAUGAAAGCAUCGAUGCAGAUUGUUAA